AUGCCUUCUCAAUUUAAAACUGAAUAUUUGAGCUGCGUACCACAGUUUGAUGGCAACGCAAAUGAUUUAAACAGAUAUAUACAAGUUUGUGAUUCUUUGAUACUAAACUUUUACGACAGAGAAAAUCCACAAAAUUUUCAUAACACUUAUUUGUUGAAUUCUUUGAUUUCCAAAUUAACGGGAAAUGCCAAAUUAGUUGUAAACAUACAAAACUGCUCGACUUGGGAAGAGUUAAAGCAAACUUUAUUAAAUAAUUUUGGUGAUCAGAGAGACGAAAGUUGCUUGAAUCGUGAUCUGGUUAUGAUGAGACAACAACCGCAAGAAAAACCACAAAUUUUUUACGAUCGAGUUUUAAACAUUCUUAACCUUUUAUGUAGCUAUAUAGACGCACAUGAAAUUACCAAUGAAUCGAAAAUUUUAAAAAGAAAUCUAUACAAUAACCUAGCUUUAAGAACAUUUUUGUCAGGGUUAAAAGAACCACUAGCGACUACUAUUAGGUGCAUGAAACCUAACAGUUUAAACGAGGCAAUGCAAUUUGUUACACAAGAAAAUAACGUUAAUUAUUUCCAAAAUUUCUCCUAUCGUUCAAAUCAACCUCAAAAUAAUCAAAAUAAAAAUUUUGUUCAGCCAAAACAUUCUAAUUUUAAUAACCAAUUUAAUUCUAAUACAACCCCUAACAACUUUUUCCGGCAGCAGCCAAACUUUCCCUCACAGCCUAUAAAUAUUCAACCUAGACCUAAUCCGAAACCACAAAAAUUCUUUACUAAUUCUGAAGUAUUUAAACAACCCCAACCACAAAAAAAUGUCAACGUUUUUAAACCCAAUCCAAAUCAGACAUUCCCUAAACCAACUCCAAUGAGCGUUUCGACUAGAAACACCUCGCAUAAUUAUAGACAAUAUCAACCUCCUAUAAAAAACAUUUUCCAAGCCACAGGUCCUCGAAAUUUCAUCUCGGAAGAACUAUUUAAUACGGAAACAAAUAAUUCUGACCAAAUAAAUCAAAAUCAAUCUAUCGAUUAUAGCGAAAUACCUUCUACUAGUCACGAAUAUUUUGAACAACCUGAAAUGUUCGAACAAGACGAAAAUUAUACGGAAGAAAAUUAUUACGAGGAAAAUUUUUUCUACCCAGCCUCAAACCAAAGACCAAACUUAGAGCAAGAACCACCAAAAUAUAUUUUAACGCAGUAA